AUGUCAAAGGAAAUUAAAACUGACCCAAAGGGAAGAUACUCAAAGAAAGAACUCUUAGGUUCGGGUGCCUUCAAAACAGUUUAUCGCGCCUAUGACACGGAGGAAGGUAUUGAAGUUGCAUGGAACCAAAUCAAACUUACCGGUGUUGCUCUAUCUCAAAAGAAGAAGAUGCUUCAGGAGAUUUCGAUUCUUGGACAAGUGAAACAUCCAUCGAUCAUGGAAAUUUAUGACUCAUGGGAAACUGAUGACGGUGAAUACUUGAUAUUUAUCACUGAGUUGAUGAGCUCUGGUACACUCAAAGACUUCAUUCGCAACUCAAAAAAAGUGAGACUUAGAAAUAUCAAAAAGUGGUGCAAACAAAUUCUCGAGGGUUUGAAAUAUUUGCACUCUUUAUCAAUAAUUCAUAGAGACUUGAAAUGUGACAAUAUUUUCAUGAACGGCAGUAGAGGUGAGGUGAAAAUUGGAGAUUUAGGACUUUCUGUCAGUAUGAAGGAUAAAAAAUUUGCUACUUCAGUGAAUGGAACACCUGAGUUUAUGGCACCAGAAUUAUAUGAAGAAUGUUAUAAUGAAAAAGUAGAUAUUUAUGCGUUUGGAUUGUGUGUUCUGGAAAUGGUAACCGGUGAAUAUCCAUAUUGUGAAUGUAACAGUAUUGCUCAAGUUUACAGAAGAGUCACGUCUGGUGUUAAACCUGAGGGUAUCGAAAAAGUCAAAGAUCCCGAUGUUAAGGAAUUUAUUAACUUGUGCAUUUGUCAUAAGGAUAUACGGCCGAAUGCUGCAGAACUGAUGGAACAUCCUUUCAUGACAGAUAAUAGAAACAAUGACACUGUAUUUUACUUUGGACAUGAGGAAGAGAGCAAUGAUGUUAGUGACGAAUCUGAUGAAGAAUUGGAGGAUGUCAGAGUGGUUCUUGGAAAUGACUCAACAAAUGACAAGUACUCUGUGAACACCAAACUAUAUAUUAAGAUAGAAGGAAGCAAGAAGUAUAAGGAAAUCAAAUUUCCAUUCAAUUUACGUAAGGACACUCCUUUAGAUGUUGCCAGAGAAAUGGUAAAUGAACUUUCAUUGACAGAGUCAUUUGUUGAUUCUAUUUCGACAGCAUUGGCGGAAUGUUUGACAAAAGCAAAGCUAAAGUUUUUGACAACAAAGGCAAGUGCAGAUAGUACAGCCUCAAAUCCAGAAACAUCUGCAUCAGAGCUCUCCAAAGACACAAACACCAACAUUUCAGCUUCUACCUCUUCAACUAGCCACGUGGAUAAUUUAAUUCUUAUUGACACUCCAAACACUCCUACCAAAUCAAGUGACACCAAAUCAACCCCUGUUAAGGAAAUGGAAAUUAUUAACCUGGCAAGUCCUGGACCAAUUUCUCCAUUCAAUGGCCCAGUCAUUACCCACAUUAAGGAAACUACAACAUUAGUGCUACCAACACAACUCGAUAUGACCAUGAACAAAAAACAACAACAAGCAUCCUCACCAAAAAGUACAGAAAGUAACUUCCUCUCUCAAAACACAUUUCCUCAGUCGAUACCACAAAAUCAAGUCAGUUCGAAUGUGAGUGGUGUUAAGCAAUCAUCAACUCAGACACCUGCCUGUGCUCAAACAAAUGUAAAACCACAACCAAUAUCGACAUCAACAAAACCUCUUACGAAUAAUGUGUUGGGCCAAACAGAACCAAAACAAACACAAAAUGUCACUCAACAAACAUACGGAGUUGCCACCAGCAAUUCAAAUAGUCAAUCAAUGACUAAACCAAAUCCUCAACCUCAACAACCCAUAAGCACAAAUUCACCAGCAACUCCUGCACAAGGUGAAGUAGCAAAGCAUGACAAAAGUAAUCUGACAAUAGAGACCAAGAAAAUUGCUGACGUGACAAAGCAAAAAGAUUCUCCAACAAACGACCAAAGGUCAUCACCGUUGUUGAGAGGCCAACCAAACCAUGCAACACAAAAUAAUACCUCUCAACAGACUCAACCAAACGGAAAGAGCAUUCGUACAAGCCCAACAAAUUCCAAACCAACCGGCAAUUCUUUGAAUGCCACAAAACUUCCCGAAGAAUUCGAGAUGCAAUGGGAAGCCUUGGCUCAAAAGCACUACGAAGAAGUCAUGAAUUUGAAUUCAAAACACAAGAGAGAGAAAUUGGAGCUUUUGAAAAAGUUUGGAAUUGCUCCAGAAAGCAUGAAAAUGACAAUUGGUAGUCCUGAGAAUGGUACAUCAAGCAUUCACAAGGAUUCAUUAAUUGUAAACCCACAUUUCAUGACUAAUAUCGGAGAUAAGUUGAUUUUUGACAUGCAAGACAAGCUGGCGGAGGUGGCAAAGAUAAAUAAUGAAGGAGCAUCAGUAAUAACGGCAACCACAAUUGUAAAUAGCUUGAAGCAAACAUCCUCCAAUACUUUCAAAAUUAGCAGUACAAGCAUACAGACAACAACAAGCCAACCUAGCAUGUCAUCAACACAAGUUAAGCCUACAAGUAUCACAUCAAACACCUCACCAAAUUCAGUACCAUAUCCUUCCAAAUUACCAUCAUCAUCAUCAACAACAACAACCAUUAACGCAACCUUACAAAAGGUUAGCAAUAACAGUAAGACAGAGUCAAAACAAUCAGCGACUUUUCAAGACUCAGAUCUUAGCUCCCUUAUUAGCAAAAAUUUAGAGAAUUUGAGCAUUACUAACUCAUCGAAUUCAUACGGACCACUACAUCAACAGAGUCCAAACAAUUCAAGUCCUUCUGCCACCUCACAAUCUCCUCAACAACAAUCAAGCCAUGGUUCUACAAACUCAACAAAACCUACUGACGUUAAUUCAACCUCCAACAAGCUGGUAUCACCUUUAAAACAACAAUCUGGAGAGACACCAAAACUACCCAGCGUCACUCAGGGUACAGGCAUCAAGAAAUCAACAACAUUUUCCUCCAACGCUGCAGUUCUUGAACCGAGAAUGAAUCGAAGUUUUAGUGAUCCGUUUGUGGAUCAAGGAGCAUCAUCAUCGACAUCUUCUCCAACAAACACGAUUUUGUCACCGUCUUCUACGCCAAUAUUGGAUAUAUCAUAG